AUGGGUGUCGUGGCAUCGAAGGGCCUGCUUAUAGAAGAUAAUGUCAUGUCCAGGUUUUAUACCUCUCUUCUGCAUUAUCUCCAUUUGGUUCUCUCCAACCCAAAAGGUUCCAUAUCGGAGCAUGUAGCAAGUUUUGUAAUGCUACGUGUGGAAAGCUAUUAUUAUCUAGGGUUUGGUCUCGAAUAUUUUGACAUUACUGCAUUUUUCCGUCUGCAUUUCAACUUGAAGGAUCUUUGUCAAGUUGAUCUUAAAUCAGUUAGUGCUCAUUGGAAGAUACUUUUGCCAACCAGUGAUGUGCUACAACCAAGGAAGUAUCAGGCAACUCUAAUGACAUGCUUGCUUUUCGAUCCCAUCUUAAAGACACAGAUUGCAGCUGCCUUAACUUUAGCUGCCAUGUUGGAUGGUCCUUCAUCCAUUUUUCUGCAAGUAGUAGAAUACAAAGAAUCCACUAAACGUGGACCAUUUACUACUCUUUCAAGCUCCCUCGGUGAAAUUCUAAUGCAGCUUCAUACGGGUAGAGGAGAAGUAACAUGUUUUAGAUUUUGUAGGUAAAGCUCGUCUCAAACCCAUGGCAUCGUUGUUGAAGCACAAAGUUCUUUUCAUUGAUCCAUGGGCUUGAACAAAUAUGUUG